AUGAACGAGCAUCCCCAUCCACUGCCUAAAAGCGUCAAAGUCCGCUCCACCUGCAACGCCUGCCAACAAGCCAAGAUCCGUUGCAGCCAUGAGAAGCCAGCCUGUCGUCGGUGUCAAAAACACCGCAUCGACUGUGUCUACAGCAUAUCGCGACGGUUAGGAAGACCAGCAAAGAAGAAAGAUGUUGACGACGAGAGCGACUAUCGUCGGGAUCGUGAGUUUCUGGACGGGCCUCGGAAGCAAGAGUCGCGAGCACGGAACUGUUCCAAGAACAGUAACAGCAAUAACAGCAGUAACAAUAACAGAAAGAAGAAGAUGAAGUUAGAGGACGAGCAAGAGACUGUGUUGGAUGAUACUCUCCUGCUACUGGAGAAAGCAGGUGGGAGCCAAAAUGUUUUGGACCCUGUUGGUGUGAUAGAUUCGGUUCCAAGUUUACCGGGCGAUUGCUUUUUGGAUGAGGCUACCCCUACAGCUUUGUUCGCGGAUAGUGGCUUCGAUUUAUUCUCCGAUAGCUGGGUGCAAGAGUUCAUUGCCAACCCGCCGGUCGAUCUGGGGCAGGAAGGUUUACUGCUGGAUUCGAUUGUGAGCAGCGUCAAGCCUGAAAGUACUGGUGGUCGUUCUCCAGUAGAUCCGAAGCAUAUCUCGACAAGCUUUAUUCAGGAUACACCGCUCAUCGCAGCCACGACCUUGGAGAAUAUUCAUGGUAUCAUGGAUGCCCCGUCAGAGGCAAAGUAUCUGAAGGAGGACCCCUUGGCUUGGUCGCUACCAUUCUCCACGAUGGACGCUUCCCCAACCAGACAGAUAGCCACCGAAACUACUGCAUUUGCUCAAGCGAAGAUGACAAAGAGACCAUACCUAUAUGGCCUCCCUGCGGGAGAUUUGAAACCCGUGUCAGCCGUUCUAGCGCCGCACGCAUAUCAAUUCCAGUGUCACGAGUACACGAUACAGGAAUCGUUCAGGCAGAUGUCGAUCGCCAUAAGGAUGGGGCCGUAUAUGUCGAUUGACCAUAUUCUUCACUGUCAACGUAUGCUGCUGAAUGUAUCCGAUACCAUUCUCAAAUGUUGCGUCUGCUGCAUCACGAAAAGGGAUAUACUCAUGGUCAUAGUUGUCAAUAUCGACAGUCUGAUGACGAAUCUGGAGGCCAUAACGACAGGGGAAGCCGGGAAUCCGCAGAGACUGCUGUACAACGGGUAUCACGAGCACAUGCUGCCGGAUUGCAAGCAGGAUAUUCCAGGAAAUAUGAGCAGACGGUACCGGAGUGGUGGACUGCAUUUCAGGAGUCAAAUUGAUGCAUGUCCAUUGGUAGUGGGCAAGUUCUGCGUCCAGUCUGGUGACAAGUUCUUCUGCAUCUUGCAGAUCUUAUACAGUCAAUUAUCGGAUCUGCUGUCAACGGUCAAAAGAAUCACACUUUAUACGCAAGAAUCGUCCGCUCGCGUAUCUCUGGCUAAGGAGACUGAGAGGCGGUUGGAGGAGGUUAUGUUGCAGAUGAAGAGGAUGACCAGGGUGUAG